UUUGUUUAUGAAAUUUCUUAAGUCAAUUCUCAAGGCAUUUGCCAAUUUUCAGGUUGAGCUGACUGAAGCCAAGGUGCAAUUGUCCAACAAGGACAGGGAUCUCCGAGCCAAGGACAUUGAGAUUGCGGAACUCAAACGUCGCUUGAAUGAGCAAAUCGACAGAUGCGAGUCUUUGGAGAUUGACCUUGAGGCUGAGAAGGUCAAGGCUGCUGAUGCUGAGGAGGCGCGUGCUGUCAGCACUGCUGCGCUUAAUGUGGCCCAGACGAACUACUCCGAGGCCCAAGGCAUCGUUGAUACGCUUGUCUCGGAGGCUGAAUGGAUGCGCACUCGCGGCGUAGUGCUGGUUGCCAACUCCAUCCUGAAUGCGAGCGAGCUAGACCGCGCCGUAGCGGCUCUGACAGAUGCGGCGCGUGCGGUGGGUCAUCAGGGAGGCUACCUGGAGUGUGCCGAUCACGUUGAGCAGAUGCUUGGGCAGGAAUUUGACAUAAGUCAUUGCUCAGUGACGGAACAUGCUGAUGCUGCACUGGCAAGUGCUGAAAACUCUUAUGACAACCUUUCCUUGCCCAUCAUGGAGUUGGUUGUUGAAUCGUUGAAGAAAGACGACUGGUGCCAGCGUCUUAAGGCAGUCCUCGAUCCACCAGUUACCGUCGAGUUGUCCGACGAGGAGCCAGCUGGAGAUGAUGGCGGCGAUGGGCCGGCCCUGGGGGUGGGCAGGGAGGACCACCGGCCAGGGCCGGAUAUUUCGGAGGAUUAG